UGACUAUUGUAUUAAAAUAUAAUAAUAUAAAAACCUCUCAUCAAUAAGGCAUAAGCCAUUAAUUAAAUCCAGUAAUUGGAAAUGAAUAGAAAAUUAAAAUAAUUAGGUUUCAGGGAAAGGAACAAACUUAUAAAGGUUCUACUCUCCAUGUUCUCUUUGAUUUUUAAAAGUAUUGAAAAUUUUAACUGAGAGAUGCAUACAGGAGAGGAGCUUUACAUAAAGAGCUUAUUUGGGUAGGAGAAAGAAAAGGAAGUCAGCUUAUUGGCACAACCCUUUUACCUAACUCUGCUCUGGAUAUGGCAGCUGUUUGGAGAGAACAUGAAGGAAUUCUUUGGCAAAAAGCUACUCAAUGGAAGACUUCAAAACCAAAUUUUCCUAGAGAGGAGUUCCCAACUCUGACUUAUUGAAAUAUUAAACCUAUACCUGAGCCAUUUCUUAAUGUUCCCAGGAGGAACUUUAAAUCUGAGCACAAGGUGAAGGGAAUGAUUUUUGGGACAUUCUCAAGUUGUAUUUGUAAACUGUGUAAGCCCUGAGUUGGAAGAAAAAUGUUUCUUGGUCAUGAGUUAUAACUAUAGAACUAUAUUUCAUUUAAGUUUUAUACUUUAUAAAGUGCUUCCAAACAGGCAUGGAAACUACUACCCAUGUGACCCUGAGCAAAGUUGUUUGCCUCAGUUUCCUCUUCUAUUGAUGACUAGAGAAUGAAAUGGUGAAAGUAGCAUUUUUGCUAAGAAUACUCCACGUAUUGUCAUGAUGAGUCAAACACAUCUGAAAAUUAACUGAACAACAAAAAUUUUCCAAAAUACUGGUAAUUUAUGAUUCUCCUAAAUCACUGGUACUAACCCUUUCUUCAUAUUAUCUUGUGUUUAUGUUUUACAUGGAUCAGCUAGAAGAAUGUAAUCUCCUUGAGGGCAGGAACCAUUUUUCAUUUUGUGUCUUUCAGUACCUAGCAUGGUACCUUAAAUAUACUGUUGAGAAUGGACAUGUAGAUGUGGUAAAGCUGUUGCUUAGGCAUGGAGCAGAUGUUAAUGGAUCCCAUUCUAUGUGUGGAUGGAAUGCCCUACAUCAGGCAGCUUUUCAGGAAUACACUCAGUUAAUAAAAUUGCUUCUUAAAAAAGGAGCAAACAAGGAAUGCCAGGAUGACUUUGGGAUCACACCUUUAUUUGUUGCAGCUCAAUAUGGAAAGAUGGAAAGUUUGAAUGUACUUAUUUCAUCUGGUGCUAAUGUCAAUUGUCAAGCCAUGGACAAAGCUACCCCAUUGUUCAUUGCUGCACAAGAGGGCCAUAAAAACUGUGUGGAACUUUUACUUUCUAAAGGGGCAGAUCCCAAUCUUUAUUGUAAUGAGGAGAAAUGGCAGUUACCUAUUCAUGCAGCCGCACAAAUGGGCCAUGUAAGAAUCUUGGACUUGCUAAUACCAAUUACUGAUAGAAUUUGUGACACUGGUCCGGACAAAGUGAGUCCUGUAUACUCGGCAGUAUUUGAAGGUCGUGAAGAUUGCCUAGAAGUGUUACUUAAAAAUGGCUAUAGCCCAGAUGCUCAACCAGGUCUAGUCUUUGAAUGCAGUUCUCCCAUGUGCAUGGUCUUCCAAAGGGAUUCUGGGCACUUCAGAAUGGUGGAUAUUUUUCUGAAAUAUGGAGUCCAGCUAAAUGAAAUGCAUUUGGCAUACUGUCUGAAGUAUGAGAAGUUUUCAGUAUUUCGGUACUUCUUGAAAAAAGGCUGCCCAUUGGGAACAUGGAACCAUUUGUCUGAAUUUAUAAAGCAUGCAGUUAAAGCACAAGAAAAGUACAAGGAAUGGCUGCCAUCUCUCCUUUUAGCAGGAUUUGAUCCUGUCAAUCUACUCUGCAGUUAUUGGAUUCACUCAGUCAGUAAUGACAUCCUCAACUUUAGCCUGGAGUUCACUAAUUGGAAGCGGCUUCCUCUUCCUAUUGAGAAGCUCCUCUCUGCUCAUGCAGAAAACUCUUCUUGGGUCCCACUGAAUCAUUUUGGUUCUGUUCCUUGUCUGACUCACCUCUGCCGAUUGGAAAUUCGAUCCAUUCUAAAACCUGAACGUCUACGAUCUGAUAAUUAUAUCCGUCAAUUACCACUUCCCACUAGCCUACAUCAUUAUCUACUCUAUGCAGAAGUCUUGAGAAUGAAUGAUGUUCCAGAACUAAUACUUACUCAGAAUGGAGAGACCAUUGAAACCAGUUAAUGGCUCAUUUAUUACUUUGAAGAUCAAGAGGAGAGUUGUGAAUUUGCUUCCUAUGAUUGGACUUUAAAGCCAGGAUACUUGAGCUGACGUCUGGGGCUUUUCCUUAAGAAACCACCUAUUGUGAAGCACUGUUUUGCUACAUUGCUGGUUUAUAUUAUAAACCUUAAUAUUUGCUAUGAUAUUCAUUUUGUUGAACCGUUUCCUCCCUCUUCAUUGGAAUUGUCAGUUUUUUCAUUCUUUUAGUGAAUUUUGGAUCUGGACUAUGUUGCUGUUUCUUAACACUAGUGAUUCAAAAAGUAUGUUUUCAUCAAUUAUUCUGAAUUUGCCCAGAACUGGAAACAUUUAGUGGAAUGUUUGUAGCCUCAGUGGAGCUAUUCAUAGGAGAUGUUGAGUAUUUUGUAUAGGUUUGCUAUAAUGUUGAUAAAGGAAUGAGUUCUUUGUUCUUGUUGUAUACUUUUCUCAUUUCUUAACUCACUGACUUUUAUGAACAAUUGAUUUUUCAUAUGUAACCUCAGGGAAGAAUUCUUUUCAAAAUUAUGGAAAUUUGUUCAUUUCCCCAGUUUCUUUUUUCUUUUUAUCUCUCUUUUUGUCAAAAAGUUCAGUUUUUAAGUUUACAAGAACAGAGACAGAUUUGGAUGCAAGCAUACUCAGUU